AUGGAUUCCUUACCGCAGCCUGUUCUUCCCAAAUUCGAGCUUGAAGCAAAGCUUCGUCAUGAAAACUCGUUGAUCAUGAGCGGUGUGCUGCGAGACGAGAACCCGCUCGAUACCAGUGAUGAAUUUAACGAAUUUCUCGAGGCGUGUCGGCGUGGAGACUUGGCAAGAUGUCAGGAGCUAAUGUCGGCCGGCGUCAAUAUCAACGGGAAAGACGCUUUUGAUUAUACGCCCCUCAUUGUGGCAAGUGGAUGUGGCCACUUUGAUCUCGUGAGACUGCUCCUCGAGGCUGGUGCUGUCGCCGAGAGAAACACUUUUUCCGGGGAGCGGUGCAUCUAUAAUGCGCUUAACGACAAGAUCCGUAAGCUGCUGAUUCAGUACGACUACUCCAAAUCAAUCGACCCUCUGCAGCCGUGGUCCUCGUACAUAAGCUCCCUGCUCACCAUGGACCGGCCAAAAACCACAAACAUCUCGCUGGUGAGGGAGGUAAGCCAAGGGUGCGAUCCCGCCAAUUUCGAGCUCCACAAGUUCCUCCUGGCCGCCAGGUCACCAUAUUUCGGAAAGAAGCUCCACGCCAUGCCGGAUAUCAAGUCGUGGAAACUGGCCCCUGCGAUACCUAUAGAGUCGUAUCGCAUCGUCAUCCGAUACCUGUACCUCGAGGAGCUGCUCCCUCGAGAUUUUGCCAGUGCCGGCGGUGCCGGCGCGACCAAGGAGCAGAUUUUUAAGGGAAUCGACAAGGUCUGCCGCUCGCUCGAGGUCGAGCACCUGUGGGACACGGUCGACUCGGCCAGCGACCGCAGGUUAGCCCGGCAGCGAUACCAAGAUGAGGCGCAGCGUGCUCAAGCGCAGAUCGAGCAGUUUUACAAAGAGCAUGUUAUUGGUGGUAAAAUUGUCAUCGACACAGACAAAGCUCAAGACGUCAAGGUACAGCCGGACAACCGCGCAUUUGCAGAUUGCUUAUUGCAGGCAGACGAGCCCGAGCCUGCAGAGGAGGCGGGCAUUGUCGCAAACGAGUCGAACGGCACAGCAAAUAGCAAUGGCAGCACCAUUCCUGUUGGCCCGGUCAGCGACGCCCCUGCCGAUGGCCGAGCACCAAGGCGAUCCGUCAUCUAUCCUGUACACAAAGCAAUGCUCGUCCGCAGCCCUUACUUCCACACCAUGUUCACAGGUCCGUUCUUCGAAGCGCAAGACUUGGACAAUCUGCACAUUAUCAAGGUUGACUGUAGUCCCCAAGUCCUCGAAGUCGUCUUGUCAUUUCUAUACACCGACAAGGCGGACUGCGGCCUCGACAUCGCACUCGAUCUGCUCUAUGCAGCAGACAUGCUUCUUUUAGAUCGCCUCAAGACCAAAGCGGCGGCGCUCAUAAGCUCCCUCGGUAGCGGCAGCAAGGCGAAGGAGGCUGGAAGAAAAGGCACCGCUCAUGAAGUUGGCGGCGUCGAGGUGGAACCGAUCAACGUUUACGACGUCAUACGCGCUGCUUGGGACUUGAACGUCCAGAGGCUGGAGGAGUUUGCCGCGCGGUACAUCGCAGCGAGGCUGGAGAGCUACAUCGACGAGCCCGAGUUUGCCGAGAUGAUCCAGGAGAGUGCCGGCAGGAUCAAGAACCGUGAGGAGACGGACACGAUCGAGCUGCUCGAUGACAUUCGCUACUACCUCUCGGAGCGGUUCCGCAUGCGUUUCGAAGAUGCCGGGUGGGAGGAGAUGAUGGACGAGAAUGCGAAUCCACAAGCCGCUGGUGACGUUGUGACCGAAGAGCAAGUCCUAUCGGACCAAGAGAAUGGCAAACAGCCGACCGGCUCGGCGGUUCCAAAGAGCGAAUGGAUUCGCACCCUUGAUGGGACGUUUGUAGAGGACGAAUUCGAAGCCGAGGAGGCAAACUAUCAGAUCUUGGAGGGCAAGAUCGAUGAACUACUAGAUCGGCUAAAAUUAGAUGCGUAA